UACUGAAGUCAUAAUAUUCCCGGACGUCGACUAGCGAUAGCGCAUCUCGUCUCGCGAUGCUACUAGUACUACCAGCGAUAAAACUCGAAUGAUCCUCCAGAAACCUGCAUUCUUGCUUUCGUCUUUGUGUGACUUCACCGUCAAGGUAGAUCUACACGUGCAAACCCGGAACAAGAUAAGGUCUCGCUCCGAACGAGUUACCGUGAACUGUGAUGACCGCGCAGCGGAGCUGCUACCGACUGCGUCCGUCAGUUUCAACGUCGCAUCCUGAGCGAAAUUUCAGGGUUGCUCAGUACCAGCACAUCGGACAGGACCGUAGCUACAAACUGCUACAAACUGCGGGUGGAUUUCGGUCAGCUGGGGAACUAUCUGGUGUGCUAACAGCUCGAUUACUACCAGGGACAAUCUCUUGAAGACUUUGAGGACAGAAAGGAAACCUUCGGUAAUACCUUGGCACCACGUAUAAGGCCAGUUGGUCAUUACAAGGAAGCCCGGGUUCUAGCCCUUCGACCUGCUUGUGCUCGAGGCCCGCCGGUCCACAUAACCCAUCCAUCCGGCAACACUUGCGUCACAGCAUGACAGAUCAUCUGUGCUACCUGAGAGGUUAACAUUUGGCCCGGUCAGUGCAGGCACUUAGUGGUGGGACUUACGCCCAAACCUGGUGGAUGUGAUUAUUUGGAUUUCUUGAUAAGGGACGAAUAUUGAUGCCAGGAUUGCAUAUUGGCUGCUUCUUCACUGGAAAUCACUGAAUGGGUUCUGCUGUGGCAGGUGACUUCAACGGUCUGGGUUUUCAACAUUCGUUCAUAGCUUCAGGAGAUCAGGUUGCCAAACAAACUGGUGUGUGAUCCGUGAAUUUUUGGUCACCACCUGUGAGCCGUGCUGGUUACAAACAGUUAUUAUACCUGCUGCUACAGAGGAUUCUGAAUGAUGACACAGGGAUAAUUGCAACUGCUGGCCACCGGCCAUGAUCAUGGAAGAUGUCUUCUAUUAACGGCCUGCAAUACUGUGCCAGUGAAUGUCUCUGGCUGAGUUAUUCUCUAUGAUUGUACUGAAUAUACCAGAAGAGUUACCUUACCAAAAGAAGUCAGUGUAAUACCGAGUGUAAUCAAUGUCCUAGCAAUGUUAUCAGUAUCUGCUUAACAAGUAUGGCAUCAAGUGGAUUUCCUGAGCAUGAUCCGGCUUACAUGGACACGAUUGAUGAAACUGAUCUGGUGGAUCAGGUGAUCGAGACAUGCCGAAUUGAUCUUGAAGAUGGUCUGUGCACCGAGAUUAUAAAUGACCUCUUCAAAGAACACUUAUUGGACGAUAGAGAAUGGAAGGAAAUCCGAGAUCAGGACACAACACCGGCACGCAACCGGAUGCUUCUCACAGCACUUCGCCGCAGCAGAAGCAGAGGCUAUUUUGCCCUUGUGAGACUUAUGAAAAAACGUAAACAAGAGCAACUUGUGAAACGCCUAGAGACAACGUUUGAGAAGAAGGAGAGAGAGCACAUGAACUUACAAAAAUUUGGUCUAUUGAAGACUGGAGAUCCAACAGAAGGUGUUGAGUGUGAUCUGUGGAAAGAGGUGUUUCGCACAAGACGAGAGCUGAUAGAGAAAGAGCUGUCGGAGAAUUUCAGUACUAUCGCCAAAAUGAUGAGACGCAAGGAUCUCAUUUCACCCUUAGAUUGCCAAGACCUGGUGACUAAAAGUACUCGAGAUUGCACAACCGCAAUUGCUCGUCUAUCCAGCCUCUUAAAAACAACUGGUGAUGGUGGAUUCAAGAAAUUUCUUGGAGUGCUAAGAGACCUCGAAAGAACCAUCUUGGCAGAGGAACUCUCGAAUGAUGCAAGGCGUGCUCUUCAAGAUGCCGGUGCAAAGAGCUCGUUCAUCAUGAACCUCCUAUCCAGAAGUCAUGAAGAACUGAAACCAGGGAGGCAAUGGUGGCAAACGGUAUUUCUACCUGAAACUCCUAAAUUACGUCGAUACUUGGAUCCGCAAAAUCUGCUGGUCCAACUGGAGGCGGAGGCCAUAAUCAAUACACAGGAGAAGCGCGAUAUGCGGAAGGUGUGCGAACGAUAUAGCAGUGACGUGGCAACAGAUCAUCUGAUUGACAUUCUUGAACGGAAAUCGCAAGCAGAGUAUGAGAAACUUCCACGCAUCCUCUAUGAAGUAGGCGGAGAAGUAGCAGAGAUUGCAAAGAAGCUUAUGAGGAAGCAAAUCCAUGGAGAGAGACGAAUCAAACCGAAACGUGCUUGGAAAUUGUACCAAACAACAACUCAGAAUCAGUCAGACCAAAGGCAUGGUGCCUGGAUGAUGCAAAAAGGACAGAACAUCUUUCUGUGGGAUACACCCAGAAUCCAAUGUGCAGCAGAUGAUAUUCGCCUACAGAUGAGACUAUCCCUAGAGGACAAUGAACCAAGCAGUCAGCUGACUGGCGAUGAAAGUCAAAAUGGCAAACUGCCUGGGAAAGAUGUUGAACAAACACUGCGACCCAAUGAUCCACUGCGUACAAUGGUACUUGUUGGGAACAGUGAAAUAAUUGAUGAAUUACUCUAUAGCAAAGGCAUUGCGGAUCCCGAGGAGCUGUCUAACGUAUCCAACCAGGCAACAAACUCCAGUGGCUCCAGUGUCUGCUUCUUUGUUGACUCGAGCAGCAACCACUGCUCUGAUGUCUACAUUGUCGUUAGACUGCACGAGAGGGAAGAUGCUGAUGUCCAGAAAGCACUUCUAAAACUGGCCAUGGAAGCAUCACCAACAGUGCUCUUUCUUCACAAUGAUGUACAGCGUGCAACUGAUGAGACCAUCCUCUCACCUCCGAAAAUGGAGUUCUCUGAUUUCCUGGAGAAUACUAGAUGUGAGCAGCGAACUCAACCGAACUCAACCGAGCAGCGAACUCAACCGGAUGAGGUGUUUGGGCCGCUGAAUAUCCUUCUGGGAGCUUUUGAAUAUUUCAACUGCGUCUACUCUUUAUCACACCCAACACCAUCGCUCACUGUUGCACUCGUCCAGCCGGAUAGUAUCACCUAUGGCUCAGGUGGAUCAAGUGUGAUGAGAGAGAAAAAAGUCACACACAUCAAGCAGCUAUUGACUGAGAUAUCUCACAAGCCAUUCGGCGGCUGCAACAAUGUGCCACUUGUGACCGAACCAAUCGCAUGCUCGACUCAAGAUCUUAAUCCAGCCCUCUUGCUAUGUGAGCAAACUGCUCGCUUCAAGGAAUGGUUUAUGAAUGUCACGAAGGCUUUGCCUAUGACAAUCGUGCUCGCAAUUGACAAGACUGGUGCCAAUGUCCUUAAAGAUGAAGACCAACAUGUACAAGAACAGGUUGGCCGCCAGCUUGAAAUCAAACCGCAGAUCACAUCUUCGGCAGGCUCUCCACAAAUAUGUGCCACUAAUGACUUUGACUGCCACAGUGCCAUUGGAGAAAGUCACUAUUCUGCUGCGUCAGCAGCCACUUCAACACUGUAUGGCCCAAGCGAAGAGUGCCACCAAGCUGAAGUGCGCUUGCCUGAUCCAAAGGCUGUGAAAUGCCAGUGCUUUCCCACCCAGAUAACAGCUGAGAAACUAACCACUGUCAAGGUCACUGAUGACUCAGUGAAAAUGUUCUAUGACUUGGACCGGAUGAACCCAUGGAAAGAUGAUUGGGUUGGAAUUAACGGGCAAGCCUAUGUAACAACAGUACUGGCAGACGAUGAAUUGUUUGCUAUGGACGUUAUUGACUUUUGCUGUGGUGGUUUGAUGAAGUUAUUCCAUCAUCCAAACAGCACUGAUUCAACCAAUGGUGAUCACGGGCUGAGCUCUACCGCUGCGGCUGCUGCUUCAACUAAUGUCACUGAGGGUAAUAAACCAAUGUGUUUGGAGAGCCAGAGGCAGGCCCGACUUAUCAUGUUCUCGAAGGCUGUUGGCGCCAGGAUCCAGAACUUUCUUUCCUUUCAAGGCCUCGAUUUGCUGGGGUGUAAACAUUUCGCUGAUGCCGAUAUCGCUAUGUUGGUCCCAGCCCUUGCACUCAGCAACCUGUUCGUUAUUUGCUCACGCAAGCCUGAAGCUGCAUUGCAGAGACUACUGCCAGCGUUGCGCUUCCUGAAACAGAGACUCGUUCAACAGUGCGAACCCAGCGAAUAUGGCCAGAGGAUAGAACUAGACAAGGAAGUUGUGGACAGUCAACUGUUUUCAGCACGGGUACUGAUCAUUCGAACAUGUGAUGAUGGUCAGCCUUCGACAGGCUUGGAGCUACCAGAACAGGAGAAACGCCUGCUAAAGUGCUUUUUCAAGGGCCCAUUUGAGAUGCCGCACAGGCAAGUGGUUGGCAAAGACUUGGAAGGUCGUCGAAAAGCCGCACGUGUUAUCAGCCUGUCCAUCAAAGAUGCUUUAAGUCAACAAAGGACCUCAUCAUUCAACUCAACCGAGCUCUCAAACUAUCUCUCAGCUACCCUCAGCGCGAUUGCAACAAACAACUUUGAAGCCCUAUCGUUGACAAAAGUGUUUGAGAAGGAGGCAAUUGAUUUCCUCUUGAAGGUGGUUUGUGCUCUCCAAAAUGGGUACUGGGGUGAAGACAUCUGUUCGAGCGCAGAACUGGAUGACUGGGAUAUCAGUACAUCAACCCAAGGUCCAUACAACUGGGCAGAGGAUGCUAACCUACCACUAGGUCUGCCUGAAGAUCUGAAAAAGGUGCGAUCCAAAGACAAUGCAAUCUCGUCACUUCGGAAAGCAACAUGGUGCUACGGCAAGACUCAAUGCGAGUUGAUCAGCACCCUCCGCAAGGACAUUCACCAGAAAGCGCAACUCAACAGAGAAGUCUCACGGAAGCAAGAUUGGAAACAGAUGCAACCACAGGACCUUGAAAAGGACAUGGGAGAAAAGAUCCGCAAACUCACCAUGAGACGUCAUCGCGGUGUCAAGGCCAUGGCAAAUCGGCACAUCAACGAUCUCCGAGUCCGGAAGAACCUCAAGGAAAUUGUUGAUAGCUACCUGGUCACUUUCCAGGAAUUUUGGCAGCCUUGCUUCAGGAAAUGCAAGGAAUGCCACUUCUGCUGUCUCAAGCCAUCUGGCCACAAAGAAACAUUGAAGGAUGAAUGUGAUUGCAUGGAUAUCGAUGACACUGAAAGAAAACAUAUCUGCAGCAAAGAGUGCAUCAUCUGCAAAGAGGUGCGCGAGGAUGGUGAAAAACAGCUUUGUCUGUUGCCUGCUGGUCACAAGGAUGAUUUUUGCAGAUGCUGGCCUGAAAAUGGAAAGCUGCCGUACGGCCACGGCUGUGAAGAAGAUUGCAUGUAUUCUGAGGCACUGGUUCAUGCCACAGGAAAAGCCGACGGAAAGUGUUGUGACUUUCUUCAUCACGACAAGCUGAGUGGGAAGCCCACCCACAGAUGCGAGUUACCAGCUGAAAAGCACACCUGUCCAAAGAUGUGCUACUUCUCCGGCACUGAGGUCAAAUGUCCCAAUCAUUGCAGCAAGUUUGGCAUGGAGAUUAAAGAAGCACAUGGGCACUUCUGCCUCGCUGAACACUGUUGUCCAGAAUACUGUCAGGCACCUGGACGAUGUGUGCCACCUGCAACAACAGUAGAACGCAACAUAUGUGCAAGAACAAGCGACACAGAGAAAGCAAGGUGUACGCACAUGAUUGAAGCAGGAUAUGAAAACCACUUUGCCAAGGAAGCAGAGCAUGUAUGCACUUUGGGUAAAGAAGAGCACUACUGUGACAAGCAAUGCAUACUCUGCAACAAGUGGUGUGAACUGCUCUACGACCACGGCGGCUUGUGUGACAUUCGCCAUGGACUGAUCGAAAACGUAUCGUCUGCUAUGGUUUACAACUGCAUCAGAAAGGAAGUGGUUCAAGGCCAGGCCAGUAUGCAAUGCAACACUCUAUGCAAUGAAGGUGAUCGUGGUCAUGAACAUUUGAUACGGCUCACAUCAGAAGUUCGAGACCAGGUUCCGCAUCAAAAACUAUUAUCUCGUUACAAAGAUGACUCAUCCUUUGAUAAUGCUGACGAAUACAUUGCUGUCCCACAUGCCUACUUCUAUGAAGAGUUGCUGCACGUAAAGGAUCCACACUCGAAGAAGGAUGCUGAAAAAUUCAACAUGUGUCCAACCAAAUGUCCUGAAGAGCAUGACUUGACUUCUUUCUGUCAACUUGAGAAUGGGCAUGAUCCAAUGCAGCCAGGUGAAGGUGACGGUUUUCACAUUGGACAUCGUCGCGAUGAUGAGCGCAAGCAGGAUCACCAACAAAAUUGGAACAUUGAAGGCUGCUACUUCAAAUGCGAGCAUGAUUGUCCAUGUCUCUGCACACUAAAGGAUAAUGGUGCAGAUUGCAGAGACAGAAAUGACCAGCAAUCCAUUUGUCAGUUCAAGAUGGGGCAUGUUAGUGAAGGAUGCUCCUGCAGAAAGACCCAUGUCUGUGGUAAGGCAUGUCCUGCAGUCAAUUGUGGAAAGCCCUGCAGCCAGGAAGUGCAGCAUGCGGACGAUCCGUCAAGCCAAUGCUGGUGUGGAAAUGCGAAAUGUCCUGUACAGUGCCAGGUUAAAGGAUGUGAUAACCCAUGUUAUCUCCAAGAUGGCAAGCAAGAUCACCUUCACGGAAGGAAUGGUGGUGACCUUCACCAUUGCAAUCAACAACACGACUGCAGGGAACUGUGCAGCGUGCCAGCAGUUUGUUUUCUGACAAAAGAAAAUGAAAGCCCACCCACUGACAUUAAAAAAUUUGAGGGUGGUGGCAGUAAUGGGUACACUUGGUAUUGUAAAAAACCCAUCAACCCUGGCAGUAUUGAACAUAGUGGCGAACACCAAUGUGAUAAAAGCAGUGUUGAGCACACGUGCACAACCAGCUGUCCACUCUGCCAGUGCUAUUGCGUUAUGCACAAUGAUCACCGACGCGACCACUUCAUUGAAAACCAUGGACGAGUUGUGAAUCUCGGAGAUGUUCACAUUGAGAAGGCAAAUGGACGACGACUAGACUUGACUGGUGAAGAUAUUCAUUGUCAUCAGCUCUGUGACAAAGCAGGAAGAGGCCACUUGCACGUCGUGCAACAGCAGAAGGGUCACAGCAAAUGCACCUCAUCUGAAUCAGAAGGUCGUUUCUAUUGCGAUGGCGCCGUUCACAAGUACAGUCAUGCUCAGUACUGGAAGACACAAGGUGUGGCAGAUCCAUACAAACAGAACAGUCCCACGCUAUCUGACUUUAACGGAUGUCCCACGAUGUGCAAUAGCCGUGACCAUGAAGACAAGUCUACUCCCGUGUACUGCAAACUGGAAUUAUUUCAUCCUCGUGCAACUAGCCUUCCAACUACAAUGGCUGGGCAUGGCUAUGUUGGACAAGCCAACUUUGGAAAAGACCGCAACGAACGUUCUUUGGAAGGAUGUGUGUUCGAGUGUUCAAAACAUCAAUGUGAAGAACCAUGUAAUUAUCGGAAACGUGAUGACCAGAGCCAGUGUUUCAAUCGCUGCAAAUUCAAUCGCAGCGAACAUGGCAAUCAACGAUGCAGGUGUGCUGCUAACCAUGUUUGUGGAAGACCCUGCCAGGCAUUGGGUUGUCGUUCCGUGGUUUGUAUUAAAGAUCCAGAUGAAAAACAUUCAACUCAUUCAUGUGGUGCCGCCAAAUGUCUUCAAAAAUGCGAGUUUGAAUCCUGCAACAGAAAUUGUGACCUGGACCACCAUCAUCACACUGGAGAAAAACACGAUUGUGGUGAACGGCAUCAAUGCAACCGCGAUUGUUCUGAGCCAGGUUUAUGCGAGAAGCCUGAGGACUCCGUAUCUGCGCUGGAUGUGAAGUCUAAAUGCAUCAAGAUGUGUGAUCCUGGCCAAGCUAACCACCCAAAUAAAUCUAAGCACCACUGUGGACAAAAGCACAAGUGCGAGAGGCAGUGUCCAGCUUGCAAUACGUAUUGUGAGAAAGACUACCAUAAGGUUGGCACUCAUCGCAUUCAGCAUCAUGGCAAGGUGGAAGAUCCCACAAAGAUCCAAGUUUUCAAAGGUGGCGGAGAACUAGUGGAAGUUAAUAGGAGCUUCGUUUCAUGUGACCAGGUGUGUGACACUGGAGGAAGGGGCCAUAAACAUCGGAAUCCAAGCCCUCGAGUAUUAUCCUAUGGAAAACCUAAGCCGGUGAACCAUGCCGAGUUCUGGCAUGCAAUGGAGUUUGAAGAUCCCUCAAGUGAAUCCCAAUCAAAGCAGUACAUGUCUUGUCACCAUGAGUGUCCUCUGAGGCACAUUCCAGGUGAAGUCGGCCCAUUCCACUGCGAACAGGCGGUUGAUCACAAUGGUUAUCAUAUAUGUGAUAGGGAGCAUGUCUGCGAUGAAGACUGUACUGCCAGCGGAAUUUGUGGUGACCGUGACGAGGGCAAGGACAAAUGUGUUGUGAGGAUAAAACCUGGAGCUCUCAAUCACCAAGAUCCACACCGAUGUGGCAAUGACAAGCACAAGUGUGAUCGAAAGUGCCCGUGGUGCAACAUGGGCUGCAAGUUUCCCUAUGGUCAUACCCAACCAUGUGAUCCCACCAACCAUGGUGUGAUUGAUGGCAAAUUGUUGAAAGAUAUCACGAUUUUCCAAAGUUCAGGUACUGAAUAUUCAUUUGGAAAAAAAACCAAAGUGACUCUGACUUGCUCCAACAUGUGCAAUCUUGCCGGAAACUCCCAUGUCCAUCGUGUCAAGUGCUCUUGCUCCACACCACUCUUCAGCAUCCUGGGCACAAACCAACCAAAGGAGUAUAGGCGGCAUGAUCAACGUGACCUAGACUCUGUCCCUCACUUCAUCUUCUGGCAAGACAGUGGUUUUAAAGAUCCGUAUCCAGAAACCACAUCCAGCGAGUUCAAUUCCUGCGACGCUGAAUGUCCAAGGCAUGCCGGGAGAGCACCGGAACAACCCCGUGUGUGUGUUGAGCGUCUGUACCAUGGGCAGCUUAAUUCAGAAAACCACACAGAUCACUCAGGAGUGGUUAUCGAUGGCCACAAGUAUCCUUGUCAAGAGCACAGGUGUGGUAAGCCGUGUCCUGCCGAGGUGCCGACGGGAACCUGUGGUCAAUCAUGCAUGAAGCUGUCAGGACAUGAUGAAGUUGAGGACAAAUCCCUUCAAACGCAGUGCUCGUGUGGAUACCGUCACCCUUGUCCAACAAAAUGCGAGUAUGGUUGUGACCAGUUCUGUCAAUGCGAUCAUGAAACUACAGCUGGUGGCAGUGAUGCUUUACGGCAUCAUUGCAAUAAAGCCCACAAGUGCAAAGAGCCAUGUGCUGCAGAUGGUCCAUGUCUGCUUGAAGAUCCUGAUGAACUCGCGCAGUCCCCGCAAAUGGAAAUCAUCGCAGACAGGAACGCUUUUCGGCUUAAAUGUGAUCAUGAAGUUCAAAAGGGCAAGACUAGUCAUGGAGACAUCCACAGAUGCAACAAAGCCAAGCAUUCAUGCAGUGCAACAUGCCCAUUUUGUACUUACUACUGUGUUAGAUCUUCAUCAGGGCACACUGGUCCUCAUCAGUUCCAAGCACAUGGCCAGGCCAAGCUGUCCUCUACUAUGUAUCUGUAUGAUGGCAGUGGUCAGAAGCACACCAGUGUCCCUGAAGGUACAACAUGUACAGAUGUAUGUGGUCAGCUGAAGACUAGCCAGCAUCACUACCAUGGCAUCCCUAUGGAUGAUUACAAUCAAUUUCUAACUCAGAAUAGUGAUGCAGAACCGAUCAUGGUACAAAGAAAGCGUGACAGUGGCAAGAUGUAUCAUGUGAAUCAUUCAACUUUCUGCAGGGUUUAUGACUAUCCCAGAUUGGAAGGAAGCACAUUUGACCAAUGUCCUGCAACAUGCCCUCGGUGCCAAGAUGAAAACGUCAUGGUGCCCUGCACCAAGCCAUUGCUACAUAGCACUACUGGCCCACACAACAAGGAACGUACUGGUGUUUCAAUACACACCGGUUCUGGUGGAGGCUGGCACCAUUUCCCCUGUGUUCACCAUACCUGCAAAGAGCAUUGCAGUCACAAAACAGAACAUCACACUUGCAAGAAGACUUGUGCACAGAAGUUGCAGCAUGAUGGUGAAUGCAGUUGCAACCAACCUCAUCCAUGUGGAGCAAAGUGCUUUGUGAAUAGCUACUGUCACGGUACAUGCUCACUUCCUCAUGACCAUGACCAUGAUGAACAGCAUCACUGUGGAGGAUCGAAAUGUCCCAGACCAUGCUCCCAUUGUGCUGGAAAGUGUGCAACAGAUGAUCACUUCCAUGGGGCACAAGGUACCGCUCUACAUGACUGUGCAAGUGGAAAGCAUGUGUGCUCUGAAUCGCGCCUUCCGACAAAUCAAGAAUCGCUAUGUGAGGGUGGAUCAGGAAACUGUGAGGUUUCCGACUCUGAUGACAUUCGGCGACGGGCGGUGAAUGGUGAGGAAAUAGACCCCAAGCGACUACCCUGUCAGCAGCUGAUUCCAACAGGCCAGACAUCUCAUCAUGGAGCACAUAGCCAUAGUCCGCUUACCAGCAAUCCAGAACAUUUCUGCACAGCCCGGUGUCCAAUGUGUGGGGAAAGCUGCACUCGAACUGUUCACAGCAUUGCUUCAGCACACUCCGUAAACCAUAAGUCGGUAAUCCAUGUUUCUCAACUCAGCAAACAUGUAUCAAAGCGUCCUCUUUGGUAUGUCCGUGAUAAGGCGGGAGAUCCAGCUAAACACACUGAUGGCACAUACCCGACAUGCGAACAACUUUGCAGGGAUAUGGGAAGUGGUCACUUGCACACAAAGGAAUGCGCAGAGACUGCGGCCGAAUGCUUUCAGGAAGUGGGCAAAGUGCAUCAUCCAGUGCAACACUCGUCAGCAAAGGCCUAUGAUGGUUUCAGCCAUGAACAGUUCUGGAAAAGGAUUGGAUUUGAGGAUCCAUGCAGCAGUGAGGAAAUUAAAGAUUUUCAUCGAUGCGCUACACUGUGUGGUCAUUCAGAUCAUGCAAGCGCUGGUCCACGAUGCCUUGGCAUUCAGCUUCAUCAAGAUAUGCAAAAGAAGGAGAACGCUGAUGCUAAACGUGAAUUCGGUGGGCAUUUGUUCGACUGCCAACACAAGUGCCCAAAUCCCUGCCAUUUUGUUUCUAAAUCUAGAAACUGUGAGAAUGAAGGGAAAUGCAAGUACCAUGAUGAUCACGAUCAAUCAGUUCAGCCAUGCAUCUGUACACAAUCCAACCAUCUCUGCAAAGAACUUUGUCAAGUAGCAGAAUAUACCUCAUCCCUUUGCAACAGCCACUGCAGCCAAUACAUCAUCACGUCAGCGGAUGCUGCACAUACGACACAUCUCUGCACUGAGCGAGGAUGCAGUGGUGUCUGUACUGCAGCUGGGUGUGAGCAACAUUGCUCUCGGUCACACGGGCAUGUCUUGUCCAGUGUUCAAGAAGAUCACCUGUGCCAUGAGACAGCUCAUCCAUGCAAUGGGCAAUGUCAGUUGAGAGGUAUUUGCAAGCUGGUGGAGCAAGCUACGCCAGGGUCAAUAGCCACAAAUGAGUUGAAAAGGAUGUGUUGUGCUCGGCCUAAAGGUCACACUGGCGAACACAGAUGUUCUGUUUCUGCAGAAGAGCACAUGUGUAUGACUAAGUGUCCUUUGUGCCAAUCCAACUGCACGUUGAAACUGCACAAUGAUUCAACUCUACACCGAACUGUACAUGGUCAUCAUCCUGCCGGGGAGUAUACCUUCAACGCAGCAAUUCUCAAGCCAGUACAUCUAAAUGGUACAUCUGAACUGUUUGUUGGAACGACGCAAUCUGUAACUUGUGGUGAAAUCUGUAUGAAGGUGGGACGAGGUCAUAUGCACCACAACGUUUUACCUCGUGGUGACAAGCUCGAAAACUGCUCUUGUAGACGUCGCUCAGAAGUCCAGCGGCAUGAAGAUAGUCACUGGCAUUCCCAUGCUGAAUUCUGGACGACGCUGCUCAAGUUUGAAGAUCCUCUUGCAGGAGAAUACGAUCAGCUUGACUCGUUUGCGAAAUGUGCCGUUCGGUGCCAUGAAGGUCAUACAAGCUACUGUGAUCUGGACCUGCAGCAUGCAAGUGAAGCAAGUCUUGACAAACAUGUCCGUGCAGGACACAAGUUUCCACAGUGUCCUACCCCGUGUGCUCAAAAAUGCUCAGCAGGAUUCCAUGAGAAAACCUCACAGUCUGCCGAGUGUUGCAGAAUCCGUGAUCACGAUGACGCACUUCAUUUCUGCCAGCGGUGUCAUGGCAUGCUGUGCAAAUCCACGUGUCCUUGGUGCAACAGUCAGUGCAGAAAUAAGAUUGGCCAUGGCGGAAAGCACGUUGUCACGCAUAGCAUAAUCCAGAAGAGCUCGGCAGUUGUCCACAACAAAUUAUUCAAGCUUGUUGAUCAUCGUGGCUUGGCAUGCCCUGGUGCCUGUGACAAAGCAGGAGAGGGCCAUUAUCAUGUCUUGCAGACUUGUUCAACAGCCAAUGGUGAAAGCUGCUUUGAAGGGAAAGAAGGCUACCAUUUUGUCAAACAUCAUAAUGGUACUGACUGCUGCACCCAUGACUCAUUUUGGAACGAGCUCUCCAAAAUAGCAAUGCCUGCUAUACGCCGAUGAAGUGAUUGGUCCAAGUCAAUUUCAGGUCAGUAAACAUUUGAUGGAGCUACAUUAUAUCAACAUCGACCGCUUCUUGUUGGAUUUCAGAGCAAGAAGUACUAGAUCCUGUGACUCUGCGAUUAAUAACAAGAUUGCACUUGAAGUAGUUUGUUCUAGUGCUCAGUUUACAUUCUUUUUAUGUUUGUUUUCCAAACACUCUUCCCAACAAUUGAACCAUGUGUCCCCCGACACAGUGCAGUUGAUCAUAUCUUAUGUUUUGAGGUGAUUUUCACUAGCGCUGGUACUGAUUGUUCAACCACCGAGUUAGGUUAGGUGGCUGAACAAUCAGCCAUUUAUAGAUAUCUUUCUGGUUGAAUGGUGGGAAUUAUUACUAUGCCCACGCUUAAAUUGAUUAGUAUGAUAUGGAACGCGAGUAACUUGGAGUCUUACAGAUAGCAAUGGUGGCUUCUGUUCCAAUUGCCAAGGCAAUCUAUCCACUCACUGUUUCAUUCAUAUUUCCAACAAACUGCACUUUGGUAAUGCAUGUGUACAUGGUCAUCCAACUAUCACACAAAUUUACUGGUAAAUUGCUUUGUUUUUGUCCGCACAUUUCAUUGUUCCCUAUCCGAGUGCAGGAUGCAUGUACUACGCAGCAUUCUAGAUGUUGUAGGCACCAAUCAGAACUUGAUUCCAUUGCAAUAGGACACAUGUCAUUUGUGUGGCUGUGUGUGGCUUUCUCCAUAAAGCGAUUACUAGUACUUUGUUUCCAUCAUUUACUUUGUAUGUGUACAUCUUAUCAGCUGCCUUUCAUGCUCAUUUCUUCAUGUUUGAUACCGCAUACUGCCUCUCACUAUUGGCUUCAUGCAUUGGGAUAGUUCCAGGGCACUGCAGAGCAAUGCAUUCUUUUGCAGCUGUAUGAGCUACAGUGUACUGUGCCGCAUUCGGACAUUGUGCCUAGUCCUAGUGAAGGGCCUAAACGGGCAGAACUGUUCCAUGGGGGAGUCGCCAUUGUAUUUUAGCUCAAGCGUUUUCUUCCUUGCGUGUUUCACUACUUCGUACAUGUAUUCAACGUUUUUUGUUUUGUUACUGUGACCCGCUUGUACUGAUUCUCAUACCAAUGUCCUUCUUUACUCAUUCUAGAAUGACUAUCUUCCAAUACUUUAGCUCUUCUGCCAGUAUCCUGUAGUUUUCUUCUCCCUGUUUCUUUAGAGAGAGCCCGGGUCAAGUUAUAGAGGCGAUGUAAUCUUCUAUUCAACAGCAUAAUUUUUUUUUCUUUCAGGCCAUGUAUUCAUGCCUUCUGCCAUGCAAACCAGCUGAAACUUAGAGUCAUCAAGGUUUAUUGUGUUUGUUUGAUACUUCUUUUACGCAGUUUGAAGUAGACCAUUUUAAAUUUCAUCAUCAGCCAAUGUUUUGAUUGUGAGUGUUAUCAUUUUUCAUGAUAAUAAGGAACACUGUAUCAUGUGACGACAAUGACACAUGGUACCAUUGAGAA